ACCCGAUGGUUUGCAUGGAGGCAACUGAAGGUGAGGCGGUGCAGCAUAAAAUGCUCCCAGUCGAGCUUCCACACUGGCAGCAGUCAAUCCUUCAUCAUGUCUUUCUCCGGCAAGUUUGUGCUGGAGAGCAGGGAGAAGUACAAGGACUUCUUGGACGCUAUCGGGGUGAAACAAGUGGAAAUUGACAAUGAAGACUUCGUGACAGACAUGUACCAGGGCGCUUACUUCAGGAUUGCUAAGUUUAUGGGUUCUGAUGUGUGGACCAACACGUUCAUGUUUGGCAGGGAGGUUGAAAUGGAAGACAUGGAUGGCACAACAUUCAAGACCACUGUCAGAUUGGAGGGAAAUAAACUGAAGAUCCAGUUCCCUAAAUAUGUUUACACUGCAGAGAUAGCCGGUGACAAGCUUGUUGAGACUAAUACCAUAGGUGGAAUUACCAACAAGAUGGUUAGCAAGAGACAAGCCAUCUAAAAGACUUGCAAACUGCACUUCGAUUAACCUAAUAAACAAACAUUCAAAAAU